AAAAACUCCGAUGUUACCGCCUGUCUUGCUCUCGCCAGUCUCGCCCUCGGCGGCGCAGCAUUGGAUAUGUCGUGAGCGAGGUGACAGGCGAAGGGAUUCGACGGAAGCGCGUAACAUGACAGACGCACGGUAUUGUUGACGACAGUGAAAAUACUCCCCCCGCGGGCAACGAUCCCCUCGCGAUGGCCGACAAUAACCUAGCGAAGGUUUUCGCAGCCGAGGACUUUAACCCGGAGAAAUUUGUGAAGGAAUUGAGUGCACAAUGUGUGGGUGCAGACGAGCUGAGGCAGCAGCGCGCGAAGAUCCAGGAGCUGGCGAACAACACGUCCGCUCAGUUGAAGCGAAACGUUUACCAGAACUACAUGCAGUUCAUUGAGACUGCCAAGGAGAUCUCGCAUCUGGAGAGCGAAAUGUAUCAGUUGUCUCAGCUGCUGAGCGAACAGCGCACCUUGCUGAGCACACUGGGCUCUACCAGGACGACGGGCGUGGUUUUCGAGGAUCUGCCCGAGUCGCAGCAGGAGAACUCGGGUGACUCAAUAUCGAAGGAAGAGGAACAAAAGCAGAAGCUCAUUCAGCUGAUUGAGAAUGUGGAAGGUGCAAUGAGCUUAGCCGAAACUCCAGGACGCGCGUGUUUACACGAAGGUUCUUUGCUUGAGUUAGAUCCACUCGAUGGUACGCCACUAAAAAGAAUUCAUGCAUACUUAUUUAACGACGUCCUGAUGAUUGCAUCUUGGCUGGCCAAUGGUGGUAGACGCGGCCCACCUAGGUACAAAAUGCAAGCGGUUUAUAAUCUAGAAAGCUUAGCGAUCGUCAACGUGAGGGAUCAUGGUACUGUGAAGCUAGCGUUCAAACUGUUGGCGUUCUCCGACACGAGAGUGUUCCAGUGUACUACAGCGACAAGUAAAAAAGAGUGGUUGGAUAAGUGCGAGCAAGCGAAGAGGGCAAAACUAGUGGAAGAGAAUUCAGUCGACACGCCGGAUAACGAUAAGAAUCCGAAGGAAGAUAAAGCGGCACCAUCCCGUUCGAUGUCUUUGGAAUCGAAUACAUUAGGGAUGGAGGACGAUGAUGACUCGGAGUACUAUGAACCGCCGCCGGAGUGGGUGCUAGAAGUGGCUGAGGAUCUGGACUCCUGCAUAGCGCAACGUCACUUCGAGGAAGCUUACGGCCUGUUGGAGAAGGCAAAAGCCUAUUUAAAGGAUGCUCAAUCAACACCAUUACUGACGGAGAUCCAGACGAAAGUGAACGAGAGAGGCCGCUCGCUGGUGAACGUGUUGACCAAGGAACUGGAAUCAAGCGCGGAAGCGAAAUCGUUGCAAGGUGGUGGUCUGAGGAGCGCCCGACGUGCGGUCAAACUCCUGAUACAGCUGAACAGAAGCGCACAAGCGUGUCAUUUGUAUCUGCGAUUGUGCAGCGCGGUACUAAAGGCGCGUCUGAAGAGAAUCAAACAGGAAGGCACAACUGUGGCUUACGUGAAGCAGGUCAGCGCAAUCGCCUUCAGCAAUAUAGUGGAAAUAGCGAGAGAAUUCCUGAAAACCUUCCCCAAGUCUACAAAUUGCACUUCUGGCUUAGUUGUAUGGUGCAGCCAGGAGGUGAAGCACUUAACGUCGCACUUAGCUCAACAGUUGUUUGUGCCACAAGUUACGCUAAGCAUAUUGGUAGAGUGCAUUGUCGCUGUCCGAAGUCACUGCGAUCAAUUAACCCAGCUUGGCAUGGAUUUGCGUUAUCAGUUAGAUGGGCAGCUUAGAUCUCCGUUAGCCAAAGCUAUCCAAGACGCGGGUGAAAAUUGUCUCGACACGGUGAAGCGUCACGUAGCGGAGGACAAUUGGCGACCGACCAAUCUGGAAACUAGUCAGAAUCUUCAGAAAUUAUUGACCGAGCUCGAUGAUCUCGGUAUUGGUAUACCAUCAUUACAGACGAACGACUGUUGGAUACCCUUGACGUACAAUACACUGACUUUUUCCAAGCUUUACGUUAGUCUGUUGGAAGACUGCCUUAGUGUAGCCACACCUGAACUUUUAUCCACGAUAGACGGUGUGCUUGUAUCCGUAAUGCGCGUUGAAGUUCAACAUUUGAUCGUUUCGCUCACGGAUCCGAAAUUGAAACAAGAGCGAAAGUUAGUACAAAACAAUGCAGCCUACGUGCGAGACGUCAUUAUCGUCCGGGGUCUGGAACUAUACAAAUCCGCGACGAACCUGAAAUUCACGAAGCUGCUCACUCUGAAAGAACAGAUCGUAUUCGAGUCUCCGUCGCCUACGAAACCGAGACCAGCCCCGAGAACUUCGGUUCCUAAAUACUCCACCACAGAAUAUCUAUAGACUGGAAUAGAGGCGCUGAGCUGCUUUUUAAUUUAUAGGCAAGAGAAAAUAUCAGAGAAAUAAGAAUGCUUAUGCAUCCGUGCAUGCACGUGCACGCACGAGACGUUGUAUUAUAUUGUAAAUAGGGGACUCUAAUUCUCUUUAGUAAUAAAUACACGGUAUCAAUAGCGAGAUGAUACGGAAGUGAGUUAUUGCACUUCCAAUGCAGGUAGACAUUAAUCGUAAUGCCAUCGUAGAACUUAUAUAGUACCUCAUAGAAUACUACGCGAAACUAAGGGAAACUUGACAAAUCACAUUAUCGCGCGGCUUCCCUUAACGAGUGUGUAUGCACUAAUUUGUAAGAACUUGUAACAUAUCUAAUAUGUUGAAUUAUUUACAUGUUUAAUUGAAUAUAUAUAUAAUUUAUGUAUGCCUAUGAUUAUUUAUAUAAUAGCACUAUUUUGUACUGUUGUCGCUGC